CAUCCUCAUGGACACUUUGCAUACAAUUCUACAUGUGCCUUCUCUUGUAAUACGGGAUUUGGACAAGUGGAUUGGAGGUGCUUAAUUGUAUGGACCUGGGAGAGUGGACUGGAUCAGUACCAGUCUGUGAAGUCAAAAGGUGUCCUCUGCUGAGGGAUAUAGAGAAUAUGAGGAUGAAUUGCUCCAACCCCUUGGGCUUCUUCAGCUAUAGAUCAUCAUGUCGCUUCCACUGUGCCGAGGGCUACAUUCUCAAUGGAACAAGUACAGUUCAGUGCCAACCUAAUGGCCAAUGGUCAGCUGAGAUGCCUUUUUGUAAAGAAAGUGUGGCCCCCUUUUUCAAGCAAGUUCUCCUUUAUACUGGUGGUGCUGCAGCAUCGAUUGUUGCCCUUGCGCUCUCUGGGGGUCUGAUAGCUUUGGUGAUCAAGCAUCUCAGCAGACGAGGUGAAAGAAAGAAGCUCCUGAGCCAUACCAGCGAUCUAGGGGUACCUGGUGUGUUCUCUAAUGCAGCAUUUGAUUCUGGUUUGUAAGUUAUUUCUGACUUAUGGCGACUCUAAGGCAACCCCAUCAUGG